AUGCGGGGUGCAGGAGCAGCACAGCCUAAGCCCGCCCUCGGCGGAGCAGGUGUAGUGGGACCAGGUGGGAUGGCAGCCUGUCCCGUGGGCCGGCCUGGACGGCUCCAACGCCACCUUCAGAGUGGCGAGUUCGACGAGCUGCGAGACUUACCCAUCUUUGAGAGCAAUUUCGUGCAGGUAACCAGGUUAGGAGAAGUUGCCAACAAAGUAACCAUGGGGGUGGCAGCCUCCAGUCCAGCCCUGGACCUCCCAGACCUGUUGCUGCUGGCGGGCCCUGCCAAGGAGAAUGGACACCUGCAGCUCUUUGGGAUGCUCCCCUUGCAGUUCGUCCGGCUCUACGUCCACGACAUCGUACGAAGGCAGCUCAAGGUCAAGUUUGAAACGGGCCGCGCCUGCUACCUGCAGCUGCGGGGCCCGCGCGCGACCCUGGACUGCGAGUUCAGCCAGUGGGUGCGGCUCAUCUACUGCCUGCGCUUCCCCUCGGCCCAGGGAGACGGGCCCUUCGCGCAGGACUGCUCGGUGCGGGUGCCGGAGGACUGGGAGGAGCUGGACGACGGCGACUACGACAGCGACGACUUCGAGCCGUGGAGGCCAAUCUGAACCAGCAGGCCUCAACUCAGGGGACUCGGAUUCCUCCAACAGUCUUUGAAGUCACCAAAGGACCAGAGAUCUAACUACCCUACUUCAGGGCUGGAGAAAUGACUUAUUAAAGUUAAUAAAGGUUGGCCACUUAAGAACCAA